UGGAAUUAUGAAUCGAUUGGUCUCGCGUCGUACGAGUGGUCGGUCGCCCAUCUCACUUAUUUCAUUAUCAUCACACAUGGGUUGGCUUUACGUGGUCGUUGUGUGUCUACAUCUAAAGAUAGUUUCCAGCACGUGCGAUGCUAAGUGUUCGGGAAGUAACUGCACUUCAGGGAUGGCAGAUGACCACCGAUGCUACGCACAUAUCCUGUAUCCUGAUAUAUCCUGGUGCAAGGAAGACACCUGCGAAUCACAAUGCGGUGGAGACAAGUGUGUGUCUACGUGUACUGGCAUAAUGUGCAAAUCAAAGUGCACAGGGAAACAAUGCGUUUCAAAUUGCACAGGACUAAGUUGUACGUCCUUGUGUGAUGGUGAUGAAUGCCAGAAGUUCGUGUUGCUGUGGUAAUCACCAUAAUGAAUAUAUUAAUCACUUAUGUAUUAAUUACACAAUAAAUAAAUAAUUACAGUUA